UCUCAUAUUUUUCUUUUUAGUAAUAAUGGACAAAUACCAGGAGCAGCCCCACCUCUUGGACCCUCACCUUGAAUGGAUGAUGGACUUGUUGUUGGAUAUAGUGCAAGAUAAGACAUCUCCAGGUGACCUUGUACAUCUGGCUUUUAAAUUUCUUUACAUCAUCACCAAGGUUCGAGGAUAUAAAGCGUUUCUUCGUUUAUUUCCUCACGAAGUAGCUGAUGUGCAGCCUGUUUUAGAUAUGUUUACAAAUCAGAAUCCCAAAGACCAUGAAACUUGGGAGACUCGCUACAUGCUUUUAUUGUGGCUCUCCACGACCUGCCUGAUCCCUUUCGAUUUUUCACGCCUUGAUGGGAACCUUCUGACUCAACAUGGGCAAGUUCGAAUGUCCAUAAUGGACCGAAUUCUCCAGAUUGCAGAGUCCUACUUGGUGGUCAGCGACAAGGCCCGGGACGCAGCUGCUGUGCUUGUGUCCAAGUUUGUCACACGGCCUGACGUCAAGCAGAAGAAGAUGGCGGGUUUCCUGGACUGGAGCCUGUGCACCUUGGCCCGUUCCUCCUUCCAGACCAUCGAGGGGGUCAUUGCCAUGGACGGGACGCUGCAGGCCCUGGCACAAAUAUUUAAGCAUGGAAAACGUGAAGACUGUUUACCCUAUGCUGCCCCCGUUCUUGCGUGCCUGGAUGGCUGCAGGCUCCCCGACAGCAACCAGACCCUGCUCCGGAAACUUGGGGUGAAGCUUGUGCAGCGGCUGGGCCUGACCUUCCUGAAACCCAAGGUGGCGAAGUGGAGGUACCAGCGUGGCUGCCGCUCCUUGGCUGCUAACCUACAGCUCUGUGCCCAGAGUCAGACAGGGCCCCAGACGCACGCCAAGAUUCCCGACAGCGAUGCAGACGACGACGAUGUCCCUGAGGAGGUGGAGAGCGUGAUAGAGCAGCUGCUGGUGGGGUUGAAGGACAAGGACACCAUUGUGCGCUGGUCUGCUGCCAAAGGCAUUGGUAGGAUGGCUGGAAGGCUUCCUAAAGAGCUGGCGGACGACGUGGUUGGGUCUGUGUUGGACUGCUUCAGUUUUCAGGAGACAGACAAUGCCUGGCAUGGCGGGUGUCUGGCGUUGGCGGAACUGGGCAGAAGAGGCCUGUUGCUCCCUUCUCGACUUGCGGACGUUGUCGCUGUGAUCCUGAAGGCGCUGACCUACGAGGAGAAGCGGGGUGCCUGCAGUGUGGGUGCCAACGUCAGGGAUGCUGCCUGCUACGUCUGCUGGGCCUUCGCACGUGCCUACGAGCCGCAGGAGCUGAAGCCCUUCGUGGCCGAGAUUUCGAGUGCACUGGUGAUUGCUGCAGUGUUUGACCGCAACGUAACCUGCAGGAGAGCAGCCUCUGCUGCUUUCCAGGAGAAUGUGGGAAGACAGGGCACUUUCCCUCAUGGAAUUGAUAUUUUGACCACGGCCGACUACUUUGCUGUUGGUAACAGAUCCAACUGCUUCCUGGUCAUAAGCAUGUUUAUUGCCGGCUUUCCUGAGUACACACGACCCAUGGUCGACCACCUGGUUGCCAAGAAGAUCAACCACUGGGAUGGGGUCAUCAGAGAGCUGUCGGCGAAAGCGCUGGGUAACCUGGCCCAGCGAGCGCCUGAGUACAGCGCCACUCACGUCUUCCCACGUCUGCUGUCGAUGACGCGGAGUCCAGACCUGCACACGCGGCAUGGGGCAGUGCUGGCCUGUGCGGAGGUCGCCCACAGCCUGUCCAGACUCGCGGUGCAGGAGGACAGGCCCGUCGUGGACGACCUGGACGAGAAGGUGGUGCAGGGCCUGAAGCAGAUUCACCAGCAGCUGUACGACCGUCAGUUAUACAGGGGUCUAGGAGGAGAACUCAUGAGACAAGCAGUGUGCGUUUUAAUAGAAAACUUGUCCCUUUCCAAAAUGCCCUUCAGAGGUGAUGCUGUAAUUGAUGGUUGGCAGUGGCUGAUAAAUGACACUUUGAGAAACCUCCAUCUUAUUUCAAGUCAUUCUAAACAACAGAUUAAGGAAGCGGCUGUCUCGGCACUGGCCGCUCUCUGCAGCGAGUACCGCACGGAGGAGGCCGGGGAGGCAGAUCCCGCCUGGCAGGAGGAGCUGAUAAAGCAGUAUCUCGCUGAACUUCAGAGCCCAGAGGAGAUGACUCGCUGUGGCUUCUCGCUAGCCUUGGGCGCCCUUCCAGGCUUCGUUCUGAAAGGCAAGCUCCAGCAGGUUCUAGCAGGCUUAAGAGCCGUCACCCACAUUUCUCCCGAGGACCUGAGCUUUGCCGAGUCCAGGCGGGAUGCCUUGAAGGCGAUUGCUAGGAUCUGCCAGACUGUCGGUGUGAAAGCAGAAGGGAGCCCGGAUGAAGUUGUGUGUAGGGAGAACAUUUCCCAGAUUUACUGCACGCUGCUGGACUGCCUGAGCGACUACACCACUGACAGCCGUGGGGACGUGGGGGCGUGGGUCCGUGAGGCCGCCAUGACCAGUCUGAUGGACCUGACGCUGCUGCUGGGGAGGGACCAGCCGGAGAUGCUCGAGGCCCGUGUCUGUGAGCGGGUCAUGUGCUGCGUGGCCCAGCAGGCGAGUGAGAAGAUCGACCGGGUCCGUGCGCAUGCUGCCCAUGUGUUCAUGGCGCUGCUACACUCUGAUGGCCCUCCCAUCCCGCACCUGCCCCACCGAGGAGACCUGCAGGAGCUCUUUCCCAGGUCCGACGUGGCCUCUGUGAACUGGAACGCGCCAUCCCAGGCCUUCCCUCGCAUCACCCGUCUCCUGGGGCUGCCCGCCUAUCGCUACCACGUGCUGCUGGGGCUGGCUGUGUCCGUGGGCGGCUUGACGGAGUCCACGGUCCGGUGCUCGACGCAGAGUCUCUUUGAAUACAUGAAGGGAAUUCAGGACGACCCGCAGGCCCUGGAGGGCUUUGGCGGGACCCUUCUGCAAGUCUUUGAGGACAACCUGCUGAACGACAGGGUCUCUGUGCCGCUGCUGAAGACACUGGACCAGAUGCUGGCCAAUGGGUGCUUCGACAUCUUCACCACGGAGGAGAACCAUCCCUUCUGUGUGAGGCUGCUUGCGCUUUGUAAGGAAGAAAUCAAGAAGUCCAAAGAUGUCCAGAAGCUGCGGUCCAGCAUCGGGGUGUUCUGCGGGAUGGUGCAGUUCCCGGGGGACGUGAGGAGAAAGGUCCUCCUGCAGCUGUUCCUUCUGCUCUGCCACCCAUUCCCCAUGAUCCGGAAGACCACGGCCAGCCAAGUGUAUGAGAUGGUGCUCACCUACAGCAGCGUUGUGGGCAUGGACGUCCUGGACGAGGUCAUGGCUGUGCUCAGCAGCACGGCCUGGGACUCGGAGCUCCCGCUUGUGCGAGGCCAGAGGAACCGCCUGUGUGACCUCCUUGGAGUGCCCAGACCACAGCUGGUCCCCAAGCCCAGUGCCUGCUGAGGCCAGUCCUGGGAGCUGAGCCCUUGAGGUCACCCAGCAGGAGAGGAGCUAGAUGAUAGCACGGAAACCUGGACACAGCACCUUG